AUGGACAACCAGACCUAUUUCGCAAUGUACACUCUGAUGGAACCAAAAGGCUCCAAAUCUUAUCGACAUUUAUAUUUUACAUCUUUUUUGCUUCUCUAUGCUUUGAUACUGUUAACAAACCUUUGGCUCAGUGUGGUCAUUGUUUUGGAGAGAGCUCUUCAUGAACCAAUGUACAUUUUCCUGUGCAAUUUAUGUGUCAAUUAUUUAUAUGGAGCAACAGGAUUUUAUUCUAAAUUCAUGCAUGAUUUAAUUUUGGAUUCAUAUGUGAUUCCUUCUUUUAUGUGUGGCCUCCAAGCUUUUGUGAUUUACAGUUCAGCUAUGUGUACAACAUUAGCAGUGAUGGCAUAUGACAGACAUGUGGCCAUAUGUCAACCUUUGGACUAUCACUCAAACCUUACCAAAAAUACAUGUGGCAUAUUACUCCUAUUCUGUUGGACUGUACCAUUUACUUUUGAGGUAUCUGACAUAUUAUUAUCAAACCUGAGGCCGUUUUGUAAAUAUCAUAUUGACAAAUUAUAUUGUGACAACUGGUCAAUUGUAAAACUGUCUUGUGCAUCAUCUUUUGUUAAUAAUAUCUAUGGAUAUAUUGUUGCUGUUAUAUUUUGUUGCUGUGCUGUUAUCAUCAUUGUGUCCUAUGUUAAACUGAUCUCUGCAUGUAAAGCAUCUUUAGAAAAUAGAAGGAAAUUCUGGCAAACAUGUCUGCCACACAUAUUAUCACUGAUAAAUUUCACUUUUGCUUUGCUUUUUGAUGUUAUGUAUAGCAGAUAUGGUUCAAAUGAUAUAUCAGAGAGUCUCCGCAAUUUUUUGGCUCUAGAACUGGUGAUAGUCCCACCUGUGUUCAAUCCUCUAAUCUAUGGACUAAAUAUUAGAGCAGUGCGCAGAAGUUUUGCCUCAUGCAUUUCCACAAGAGUGAACAUUUAG